CGUGCCUGAUCCCGCUUGGGGCGGAGUCGGCGCUCAGCUUCCCGCGGUGUUGGUGCGUCGCUCUCGAAGGGGGUCUUGCCCGGGCAAUAUGGUUCGGAAGCGCGCGGCCGGUAGGAAGCCGCAGGGACGCGAACCGUGCGGCCGGAAGGCCAAGGGCGAGAGCAUGGCCGGGCGUGAGGAGAAGGAGGCGGAUGUCUUGGAAGACAAGAAACCUCUAAAGAGGAGCCUUCUCUCCAAAGUCUCACAAGGCAAGAGGAAGAGAGGCUGCAGUGAUCCUGGGGGUCCAGCCAAAAAGAAAGUGUCCCAGGUGACUGUCAAAUCUGAAAACCCCAAGGUCGUGAAGGAUGAAGCCCUCAGCGAUGGGGAGGAGUUCAGGGACUUCGCCAGUGCCCGGAAGAAGUCACACCCCCCACAGAGAGAGGCUGCUGUGGACAAAGGCAGCUGUGAAGGAGACAAUGAGGAAGAAAGCGAAGAUGAUUGGGAAGAGGUCGAAGAACUUGGUGAACCUGUGCCAGGUGAUGUGGGAGAAAAUGCAGCCUUCUCUAAAUCUGUCCUGCCUGUGAAACCAGUGGAGAUAGAGAUUGAAACACCCCAGCAGGCGAAAGCAAGGGAAAGAAGUGAAAGGAUAAAAGUGGAGUUUGAGACCUAUCUUCGGAGGAUGAUGAAACGUUUCGGUAAAGAAGUCCGCGAGGACACACACAAGGUUCACCUGUUGUGCCUGCUGGCAAAUGGUUUCUAUCGAAGUAACAUCUGCAGCCAGCCGGAUCUGCUUGCUAUUGGCCUGUCCAUCAUCCCAGCUCGCUUUACCAGAGUGCUACCUCAAGACGUGGAUGCCUGUUACCUGUCAAACCUGGUGAAAUGGUUCAUUGGUACAUUUACAGUUAAUGCAGACCUCUCAACCAACGAACGCGAUGGUCUACAGACGACGUUGGAAAGGAGGUUUGCUAUUUACUCUGCGCGGGAUGAUGAAGAGUUGGUCCAUAUAUUUUUACUGAUCCUCCGGGCCCUGCAGGUCCAGACCCGACUGGUGCUGUCUCUCCAGCCACUUCCUCUGAAGUUACCCACAGCAAAGGGGAAGAAAGCUGCCAAGGAGACCUCUGCAGAAGAUCCUGGGGGCUCCUUGGAGACUUGCAGCCCAGUUCCAGAAAGCCAAACCAGCCCCAAGACCAGCCAAGGAACCAGGCAGGAGGCCACGUCUUCUAAGGGCCCUGGAGGUCCAAGUGCCCAAGGGAAGAGGAGCCAGGCAGCCGCGGCCAAGAAGAAACGGAGAGAGCCCUCCUCCAGCGCGGAAGAGCCCAGGGCGGGAGGGCGGCAGGAGGCCACCCAGAGACGUCGGCCUGGCCGGGAGCGGCAGGUGGCCUCCAGGGUGUCUUAUAAAGAAGAGAGUGGGAGUGACAAGGGCAGCAGCGGCUCUGACUUUGAGCUCUCCAGCGGGGAAGCCCCUCAUUCAUCUGAUGAGGAUUCUGAGCCUGGCCUUCCCAGGCAGAGGAGGGCCCCAGCCCCCCAGAGGACAAAGGCAGGGUCCAAGAGUGACUCCAGGACCCAACGUGGAAGGCACCCUCAGCACCCCAAGCACCCUAGCUUUCCAGCAGCAUCCACGAGCUCUUCAAGCAGUAAGAGUAAGCGAGGCAGGAAAAUCUCCAGUGGUGGUGAGGGGGCAGAAGGAGAGAAAGCAGCUGGUGUAGACCAGUGGCUAGAGGUGUUCUGUGAGCAGGAGGAAAAGUGGGUGUGUGUGGACUGUGUGCAUGGUGUGGUGGGCCAGGCUCUGGCCUGUUACAAGUAUGCCACCAAGCCCAUGACCUACGUGGUGGGCAUCGACGGUGAUGGCUGGGUCCGGGAUGUCACCCAGAGGUACGACCCAGACUGGAUGACUGUGACCCGCAAGUGCCGGGUUGAUGCCAAGUGGUGGGCUGAAACCCUGAGACCGUACCAGAGCCCGUUGGUGGAGAGGGAGAAGAAGGAAGACUCAGAGUUCCAGGCAAAGCACCUGGGCCAGCCUUUGCCGACUGUCAUUGGCACAUAUAAGAACCACCCUCUGUACGCGCUGAAGAGGCAUCUCCUGAAAUACGAGGCCAUCUACCCUGAGACAGCCGCGAUUCUUGGCUAUUGUCGUGGAGAAGCGGUCUACUCCAGGGAUUGCGUGCAUACCCUGCACUCGCGGGACACGUGGCUGAAACAGGCGAGAGUGGUGAGGCUGGGAGAAGUGCCCUACAAGCGGCAGUCCGUCUGUCAACUGGCUGUCCCUCCGGGGCAGAUGGUGAAAGGCUACUCCAACCGGGCCCGGAAAGCCCGCCUCACUGAGCCGCAGCUGCAGGACCACAACGACCUGGGCCUGUUCGGCGAGUGGCAGACGGAGGAGUACCAGCCGCCCGUGGCUGUGGACGGCAAGGUCCCCCGGAAUGAGUUUGGGAACGUGUACCUCUUCCUGCCCAGCAUGAUGCCCGUCGGCUGCGUCCAGCUCAACCUGCCCAACCUGCACCGCGUGGCCCGCAAGCUGGACAUCGACUGUGUCCAGGCCAUCACCGGCUUCGAUUUCCAUAAAGGCUACUCCCAUCCCAUAACCGACGGGUACAUUGUCUGCGAGGAAUACAAAGACGUGCUCCUGGCCGCCUGGGAGAACGAGCAGGCGCUCAUUGAGAAGCGGGAGAAGGAGAAAAGAGAGAAGCGGGCCCUGGGGAACUGGAAGCUGCUGGUCAGGGGACUGCUCAUCCGGGAGAGGCUGAAGCUUCGCUAUGGGGACAAGAGUGAGGCAGGAGCUCCCCAAGCACCUGCCGGGGAUGGACUCUCUUCUGAUGAAGAGGAGGGGACCAGCUCUCAAGCAGAAGCAUCGAAGAUCCUGGCUGCCUCCUGGCCCCAAAACCGAGAGGCUGAAGAAGAGCAGAAGCCAAAGUGCCCUAAGAAGACCAAGAGGGAGAAGGCGGCCGCGGCCUCCCACCUGUUCCCCUUUGAGAGGCUGUGAUGGGGGUGGCCACCUGUCGCACCCUGUGCUACGCAGGGCCCUGGUGGUGGUGGCGUCUCCUCUGAGAAGCCCCAGAAGCUGCGUGCACCACGGAUGAGGGCCAGGGGACCGGGGGGUCAAGCCGAGAUGGUGUCAUGGGUCUGGGCUGGCCCCGGGCCUUGUCACAUAGACCCAGGGUAGGGCUUUCAAAGCUGUCCGCUCCCACGCCCUAUGCUUUGAGCCACAGAACACUUCCCAGGAGACUCCCUGGCCGCCUAGACGUUGCUCGGCCCACCUUCGGAAACGUGAGUCCGUUUUUUUACAGAAACCACUGGGCGAUUUAGAAAUGCCCCCGCCCCUUCUUCUAGGUGAGUUCUUCAUCUGUCAGGCCCUCGUGCUUUUGCCUCUCCUGCAGACGUGGGACCCUUUCUCUGCGGGCCAGGCCUUUUCCCCUCAGCCAGGUGUGCUGACCUGCCUGACGCUGCCCCUUCGUGGUGUGGCGGGGAGCAGGUGGGAAGGACGGGCGUCUCAGAUUAGUGCGGGGGGGGAUCUCCUUUUUGGAAGUGAUGCUUCAGGGUGGCAGAAGACUGGAACAAAGAGCUAAAAUCAGGGAAGAAAAGGAAAAACACUGGGAGUUAAAGAAAUGUUAGUCAAAGUGGAUCAGUGUUCGGCUAGAUUUUAUUCAUUAUGGAUAAGUUUAUAAAAGCUCUAUGCAUUGUAGAUAAUUCAGGAGAAAUAACUUUUGUAACAUUUUGAGGAAGAAAUAAAACAUUUAUCUAAAAAGACUCAGCUCUGCCUUUUCUUCCAGAUUUAUGGUCAGCUAAGAACACCUGCAUGACUGAGUGAUUUGUGCGCGUGUUGAGACUAAAGACCAGGUUUGGGUCUCCGGUAGACCGGGAACUCCUCAUUCCACACAUGGAAAUUUUUCUGUGUUUAAGUGAGGAGAGCUGUUUCUUAACCUUUGACGGGAGCCAUUAAAACUCUGAGCCAGUUCUCUCCAAGGGAAACAAACAGAACACUUGGGGUGUGACUCAUCGGCAGCGAGAGCUUGGCUGGGAGGCUGGUGUGGAGAAACAACCGGGGUCGCCAUGGAAACUGCAGGGCCUCGCGCUUCCGGCGCCAGAGCACACUCUGUCCUGGAAGUCAGCAACUUGUCCUUCAGGCAGAUACCAGCUCAUUGGAGGCGUGAUGGAACAGAACCUCAGGUCUGAGAAGGCAGAGCCCGUUUUGGGAAGUCACCUGCUUCAAACCUUGUCACAGAAAGUACACAAAUUGUCAGCUCCAGAGUGGCCCCUCAGCAGCUGCCUAUUGCUUCCGAACAGGAGGUAAAAGGGAAAAGCUGCUGGGCCGUCCAUCAGGCAUUUCGUGGGCCUGAGCUCAUCGAGUCCCUGCCGCGGCGCCGUAGGGACAAAAGCCAUUUUCACUGCCAUUUUCACGAUGAGGAAGCUGAGACCCAGAGAUCGCAGACUCGCCACGGUCACACAGCCAGGCCGUGGUCGGCUGGGCGCUGGAACUCGGGUCUGUGCCAACCUAAGGCCUGGGGUGGGGGAGGGUGUCACACGAUGUCCCACUGUGGCUCCAGCCACCUCCUCUGACGCAUUCUGAAGCUGGGGGACGUUUGAGUCCUUUAAAUCAAUCCAAAACUAAGUGGGCUUUGGUAGAUAAGGCUUCUAAGUGCUAAAAAUACCGAGUUGCCCUUUUAAGAAAAAUUGAAACCUAUUUUAACCACUAAAAGCUACUUAAGAACUGAAUUCUAAAAAUUCAUACAGUUCUUAAUUCUACGGCUGAAUUGUUUAAGAUAGAAAUUUCAAAAAAAAGAGUAACGGCAAGGUCCUGUAAAAGCUAUUUCGAAAUUUAUUUUGAAUUUUUUCAAAAAAUACAAAGAUAAUACAAAUUUCAUGGUUUCCCAAAGACUUCAAAUAUUUCUUAACAUUCUUUUGCCCUUUAAAAACACUAUUGAAAUUCGUAGUAAUUUAAAAUCUGUACUAGGAAAAGUUACACAAACCACAUCCCACAGAUUUUGUAUGUAGCUACCACCUAGUUGUAUUUAUUUCCAGAAGCAUCCUUUAAGAGUUGAGAGAUUCAGUGACAACUGCAGGAGUGAAUACUAUUUCAGUUCUUCAGUCCAGAGAAGUCCUCUCUGGGGCCGGCUGUUGUCGGUGUGAAGAAUCUCAAGCCACACCACAGACCUCGCAGGCUAACGAGAGACUGUCAGGCUGCUAGUUUCAGGAGUUCCGAUCACUUACUCAGCCACUGACUAAUUUGCGAAAGUAGCCGCUCCCAGCCAGGCAGAACAAGUCCAAGUCAUAAAAAGAUAAAGGGUACAGGAAAGAUCUUUUAAACCAUCAAAGUGGCAACAUACUUGCUCUUUCAGUGGGGGUGAGAGGGGACGGGGUGAAGUGCAGGUAGACUGUACGUAGGAGUGAAGCUGCAGACGCGGACGUGACAGGAGUCACUCAGAGGCAGGUGCCGGGGCCCAGCGGCUAACCCAAAAGCCCCCACCCCACACCCCUCCACGAAAGGAAUGAGGCCCGAGAGCUGCACAAGCCUCAGGUCAGGCCUCCGGCUCCUGAUUCAGAUUGAUGGGGGUCACUCUGAGGGAGCCCACUUAGGAUCAGAAAGCUUCCAGCCUCUUCCUUAAAGGUUGACUAAAAACUCAAAAUUCAUCUUCAAGGAAAUCGGUAGUUUCUGAAGCCAAAGGAUGAGAGGAAAUGCCUUUCUCCACCUUGUACAAAUCCCAUCUCCUCCCAGAGUGGAAUCCCUUGGCUGACACUGGCUUCAGAAGCAUCUUCAGGCCUCCCACUGGCCCCGAGUCCUGCCAGAGGUAACUUUUUUUAAGCCAGCACGUCACACCCUGGUGUAAUACCUUCCUGUGCCUGAAUUAACUUCAACGGACAGAUUACAGGGAGUUUUUCUGUAACCGUCUGAUUUGCUCAUCAUUCAAGCAGUGCUUUGUUUCUUUAAAUCUUGAAAUUUAAAGAUUUUAAAUUUCUUCGGGUAGCUUACCCAUGAAGUGUAACAAAGGCAAACAUAACCGACGGGACCUUUGGAAGUCCUACACACGAACAGGUUCUUGCCAAACCAUAAAAUCCAUGUUAGGCCCACCAAAUGUCCAAUUUUGCUCCCAGUGACCUCAGUGGUGGUGUUCUUUUUUAAGCACCAAGGCAGGUUCUGUGCCCAGGCUGGGUGUGUGGCGCCCGUGUGUGGGGGGUUGCGCGCUUAGUCCGUCCUGGUGCU